ACCGGGCGGGCGAAGAGCGGCGUCGCACCAAAGACGAACGCGCCGCGUGAACGCAAACACCGUUUCGUUGGACUGAGCAGUUUGCAGAUUCUCCACCGACUCGCAGAACUUUAAACGCUCGGAGAAAAAAGGGACUGUUGCAUAAAUCAGACACGCAGCUCCGAGUGCAGGAGACCGCUACAGGACCGUGGACAACCCGGUGCAGGCGACUGGAGAACGUUGAGGACGCUACAGAGAGUAAGAGUAGGCGUCCAGAGGCAGAGGGAGGCUCCCCGGGCGCGAGGAGGACAGGAUGGACUCCCUGGUUCCUGUGUUGAAGAGCCACCCGGGCAAGUCAGUGCUGGUGGUGUCUCUGAUUUUCAAGGUGAUCCACCGGCUUCUGCAAAGGUUGCCUGUGCCCAAAGUGGUGAAGCAGGAUGACUGGAAAUCCUGGAAGUGGAAGAACCUCUCGGUCUCCAUGGUGCACUCCCUGCUGACUGGAUCGUGGGCCCUGACCUGUGUGCUUGUUUGGCCCGAGACGUUGAACAACAUUCACUCUUACCACACCCCUCUGUCCUACCUGCUCGUCUGCGUCUCUACAGGAUACUUUGUGCAUGAUGCGGCUGACAUUAUCCUGACAGGACACGCAAGACAAUCGUGGGAAUUCUUAAUCCAUCAUGUGCUGGUGAUCUCGUGCUUCCUGUACGCCCUCUACACUCAGCUGUAUGUAGCCGGCGCCGUGAUCGCUCUCUUUGUGGAGGUCAACAGUGUCACUCUGCACCUGAGGCUGUUGCUGAAGCUGGCGAGCGCUCAGUCCUCCUCCUUGUUCCGCAUCAACAAACUCGUCAACAUCUCCACCUACUUGUCGUUUCGUCUGGGCACCCAGUUCUACCUCACCUGGUACAUCAUCAACAACUACACCUGGCUGGACCGUGGUUUAUACUUUCUCGCCGCCAUGAUAGCCAUGAAUAUCAUGAUCCUGACUUAUUUCUUCCGCCUGCUGCGCGCCGACUUCUUCCCCAGGAGUAGGAGCUCUGUGAGGCCCAACGAGACGCACAACAACAACUCCAAAAAGUUUCCCUGUGAUUGAGUGGGGAAGGUUUACGGACGUACCUUGUGUUUGUAUUUCGGGUGCGUGUUUACACAUUUUGUCUUUUUACAAACUGACCCCAUUCAUGUUGAUGACCGGUCCAUUUGUUGUGUCUGAAUGCCAAAGGAAAAAAAAAAAGAUGCUUUUGGGUAGGAGAAGGUCCAGGCUUGUUCAGAAAUGUUGGAAUGUCAGAAAUGUAGCUUCUCGAGGAUAAAAGUACAAUGCAACAGAGCUUUACUUGAAGCCAAAAUUCUGGGAUAAAUUCUUCAUCUCUUAGACCGUGUGAGAAUUGGCUGCUUUUACUUUGUAUUUUUAGUAUCAUAAGGUUAUCGCGUGAAGGAAUGCAUUGAUAUUUGUCAGAAACCUGCUUAGUUGCGUUGUUGACAGAAGUUGGAUGAGAAAACCGAGGCCAUGACUCACGUCGGUGUAGAAAAUGAUGAAGCUUCAGCCAGUGAGCUUCGUUCAACAUGUGGAAACAGCUAGCAUGGUUCUGUCCAAAGGUAAAUAAAAAAAAAAUCUUAAAAACCUGCUUAACCUUCUGUGAUCGCACAAGUCAAACCAACAAUAUCGCCUACUGAAUGGCGCUUUAGAUGUGUUUGCAGAUUUGGUCUUUCGAAAGAGCCGGCUAGCUAUUUCCUACUUUUAUGCAAAGCUAGCUUUAGCGUAAUAUUUAUAAUUAGGCUACAGACAUAAGAGUUGUAGGUUUUCCUUUCCUUUAACUCAUAGCAACAGAAAAAUGGGUUGGCUGUAUCUCAGAUCUCAAAGUAUUAUUUAAAGUAAAAUUACAUUUCUGCAUUAACGCAACCUAAAGGAAUAGUUUGACAUUUUAGAAAAUCUACUUCCUGGACUGAUACCGUUCUAAUAUUAGUUUAUCUAUCUGUGGUGUAGCGGACCACUGUCAAACCUGUGUCUACUUGACAGGAAGAGAACGAACGUUCCGUUUCGUUACUUUAUGAUGCGUUCAGGCUCUUUUCAAAAUGAGUAUUGAGCAACGGUGGAAUAGGUUUCUGAAAUGAUCAUGAUGUGUUCACGUAUGAUCUCUUAAAAAUGUAGUGUUGGUGAACAAUUUGCAUAAAUCCUUUUUGAAAAGUAUUACCUUUUUAUAAACAAUCAGGGAUCUCUAAAA